UGCGUUUAAAAUCAGGUCCCAACCUUAGGAUCCAAUCCAUGCAUCUAUCAACAAAAAAUUCUUCUUCUACUACUUAUCAUUCAUCUCCUCACUCUUCGAACCUCGUAACUACCUUAACAAAGCCAGCUAACAACACACCUCUUCUCUUUCCCCCUCUCACUAAUUGUGCAUAGUAUUAUAAGCCAGCCAGAAAAAAUGACUGCAACUGACAGCACCAAAAACACUACCACAACAAAACAUCUGACCAAGACCUACUUAGAUGUUCUGGGGAUUUGUUGCACGUCCGAGGUUCCCAUCAUAGACAAGAUUCUGAAGCCUCUCGACGGAGUUAAAGAGGUUUCUGUCAUCGUCCCGUCCAAGACUGUCAUCGUCAUCCAUGACUCUCUCCUCAUCUCAGACCACCAGAUUGUGAGGGCAUUAAACAAAGCAAGGUUGGAGGCAAGUGUAAGAGUGAAUGGUGGGAAGCAACAGAGGAUAAAGUGGCCAAGCCCCUUUGCCAUUUGCUGUGGAAUUUUACUGCUUUUCUCCUUCCUAAAGUACAUUUAUGAGCCACUACAAUGGCUUGCUGUUGUCUCUGCUGUGGUGGGUGCAAUUCCAAUCACUCUAAAGGCUUUAGCCUCACUUCGCAAUCUCAAUAUUGAUAUCAACAUUCUCAUGCUAAUUGCAGUUGUAGGAUCACUUAUUCUACGUGAUUACUGGGAAGCUGCGACGAUUGUGUUCUUGUUCACCAUUUCUGAAUGGCUCCAGUCCACUGCCACUCACCAGGCGAAGGAUGUAAUGUCAUCACUGGUGAAUGUAGUCCCUCAAAAGGCAUUGCUAGCUGAAAGUGGGGAAGAAGUGAAUGCUAAUGAAGUGAAGUUGAACAGCAUUGUUGCAGUUAAGGCUGGUGAAGUAAUACCCAUUGAUGGAGUUGUUGUGGAUGGGGAAUGCGAAGUGGAUGAGAAAACACUCACUGGGGAAUCAUUUCCUGUUACAAAGCAAAAACACUCUACAGUUUGGGCUGCCACAAUAAAUCUCAAUGGGUACAUUAGCAUCAAGACUACGGCCGUGGCUAAAGAUUGUGUGGUGGCUAGAAUGGCAAAGCUCGUAGAAGAAGCACAGACCAAUAAAUCUAAAACCCAAAGAUACAUAGAUCAGAUAGCCAAGUAUUACACACCAGCGGUUGUGGCUAUUUGUAUUGCUUUAGCAAUACUUCCUUCUGCACUCAAACUCCACAAUAGAAAUGAAUGGUACCACUUGGCUUUGGUUGCCUUGGUGAGUGCAUGUCCAUGUGCACUUGUGCUAUCCACACCUGUUGCCAUGUUUUGUGCGCUUUCAAAGGCAGCCACAUCUGGCCUUCUGUUUAAAGGCACAGACUACCUGGAAACUCUUGCUAAAGUAAGGAUCAUGGCUUUUGACAAAACAGGGACCCUCACAAGGGGACAAUUUUCAGUCACCCAAUUCAACACUUUUCUCCAUCAUGUUGACCACAAUAGACUACUCUACUGGGUAUCCAGCAUUGAGGGUAAGUCCAGCCAUCCAAUGGCUACUGCUCUAACUGAUUAUGCAUAUUUACAUUCAGUUACACCCAAGCCUGAGAGGGUGGAGCAGUUUCAGAAUUUUCCUGGAGAAGGAAUAUAUGGAAGAAUAGAUGGGAUGGAGAUAUUUAUAGGAAACAAGAAAAUCUCUUCAAGAGCACAAUGCACUACAGUUCCAGAGUUAGAUGGUGAUGGCUAUGAAGGGAAAUCCAUUAGCUACAUCUUUUUGGGAUCAUCUCCAGCUGGGAUCUUUAGUUUAGCUGAUGUUUGCCGAACAGGGGCAAAGGAAGCACUGGGAGAGCUGAAGUUAAUGGGCAUCAAAACCGUAAUGCUUACUGGAGACUGCUAUGCAGCUGCUGUCCAUGUACAAGAUCAGUUAGGUGGUGCUUUGGAGUCAUUUCAUGCAGAACUUCUUCCAGAGGACAAGGCAAAGUUGAUCAAAGAAUUUAAAAAGGAAGGGGCAAUAACAGCCAUGACAGGGGACGGUCUGAAUGAUGCUCCUGCAUUAGCCACAGCAGAUGUUGGGCUGUCAAUGGGGGUCUCUGGCUCAGCCCUUGCCAUGGAAACAGGCCAUGUUAUCCUCACAUCCAAUGACCUUCAAAGGAUACCAAAAGCCAUCAAACUUGCCAGAAGGGUUCGAAGGAAAAUCAUUGAGAAUGUGAUUGUUUCAAUCACAAUCAAAGCCGCUAUUCUGGCACUGGCCAUUUCAGGCCACCCCUUCGUUUGGGCUGCAGUUUUUGCCGAUGUUGGGUCUUGCUUGAUUGUCAUCUUCAACAGCUUGCUCCUUCUCCGAGGACGAAGAACACCGCAUUCACACACACAUAAACAUGGACACAAAUGUUGUAGUAGUAGUAGUACUAAAUCUUGUUCUUCUGUUUCACAACAUACCCACCAACACUGCAAAUCCUCCCAUACAGAUCAUCAGUCACAGUGCCCAGAAUCUACCGGCAAGAAGGGCUGUCAUUCUCAUGAUAAUUCCCACCCACAAAUGGAUAUAGAAUCAGGUAAGGACCAUGGUCAUCAUGACUGCUCAAAUCAUUCAAACUAUCAUCAACAUGAGCAUGAGGAACAUCAUCAUCAUCAUCAACAUGAGCAUGAGGAACAUCAUCAUCAUCAUCAUCAUCACCAUCAUCAUCAACAUGAGCAUGAUGAACAUCAUCAUCAUCAUCAACAUGAUGAGCAUGAUGAACAUCAUCAUCAUCAACAUGAUGAGCAUGAUGAACAUCAUCAUCACCAACAUGAGCAUGAUGAACAUCAUCAUCAUCAACAUGAGCAUGAUGAACAUGAUCAUCAUCUUAAGGGACUAAAAAAGCUGGAGAUUGGGGGUUGUUGCAAGAGUUUUAGGAGUGAAUGCUGUGGAAAAAGUAGUCACCAUGGAUCCAACUUCGGAGGAACGUUACCAGAAAUAGUUAUUGAAUGA